CUGUUUACUUGAACCCCGCUGUGAAGGCAGGCGGGACGCCUCAGAGCUAACUCAGCUUGCAGCUUCUCUCCUCUGCCCUGGUUUCUGGACCCUGGCAACAGAAAGCAGCCUAGGAGAGAGGCCACUGUCCGACUCUGCUGGUUUCCUGUGUCACCUUUGGAUGAGUAGUCGUGAGCUCUGACCGAGGCUUUUGUCCCUCUGCAACAGCAGAAGAAAUGGCCAUCUUCAGGCCAUGGCGGAGCAACUGCUUGCCCUUCCUGGGCAUCAUGAUCCUCAUGGCUGUGGUCCUCUCCCUGAUGUUCUACGCUCUCCUCUGGAAGGCUGGCAACCUCGCUGACCUACCUAACCUGAGAAUCGGCUUCUACAACUUCUGUCUGUGGAAGGAGAACAUUGGCUCCCUAGAGUGUUACAACUUUCCUGAGCUGGAGGUGCUGGGGGUUUCUCAGGUUGGCCUAGCCCUGGCCAGGCUUUGUGUGUAUGGGGCCCUGGUCCUCACAAUCUUUGUUCCUCUGCCUCUCCUCCUUGCCCAGUGCAACAGUGAUGAGGGAGAGUGGCAGCUAGCCAUGGGCUUUCUGGUGACAUCCUCUGUUCUGAUGGCCAGUGGACUAAGCCUCUUCCUUUCCUAUGUGUGGAAGUGGCUCAGGCUCUCCUUCCUGGGGCCUGGCUUUCUAGCUCUGUGCCUAGCCCAGGUCUUACUCAUCUUCUUGAUUAUAGCCAUAGUUAUGUUGCCUCCACGAGAUAAGAAGGACAAGAGCAAGUGGGAGAGCUGUUAGUUAGUCUAAAGGCUCAUGGGAUUACUAGGGUUCGGUUCCAACUGUGCUCCAGGAAGUGCCAGAGAACCCGUGGCUGGGUGGGUCCUCCCACCACCUCGAUUCAUAGCUAAGGUUGAUCUCUAGCUCAGGCAGACUGAGCCACCCACUGAGCAGAAGGGCUGCAGUGUCAAGGAGCCCAGAGGCGGCUGGGGGCUGGGGCAGCUUCUUUGUGAAGAAGUCUUGCCUUCCUGACUCUGGAGACUCUAAAAAAAACCAUGUAGCCCAUCAGCACAUGGAUUUCUGCUUUAAUCAACCAAUCUGAGCAGUCCUCACUGUAGCCCCUAGGCAGGUGGGAGAGCCUGACUGUCAGAGCCAAAGCUGAUUUGGCAAAGUGUGAACUCUGUGAUGGUUAUGGCAACAAAUGGGAUGGUUAGAAAAAAAAAAAAAAAAAAAAAAAAAAAACUGCUUUAACAUUGUGUUCUGUCAGCAAGCUUCUGGCCCUCCAGUCAUGGGCCCCACACCAGUUCUCUGGCCCCAAAGCUCCAGGAAUGAAGUGCAGAGCACAAAGAGAAGCUUCACCGGCUUUGGUCCCCUGAAUGGGCCCCUGGACCUGACACCAGACAGCAAUCAGCUGCCAAACCAUUCUUGUGAUCCGCAAUGCAGAUGCAAAAUGCGCCAAAGCCUUGAAGGUGAACAGGAUUGAAAGUUACAGCAAACAUACGACGCCUCUCCUCACCUUGCCCAGAACUGAAAAGGCAGAAGCAAGGUCCUUAUUAUGCGUUGGGGCAUGAUUAUAUAUUUUCAGUGUCUGUAUAUCAGAAAACCCACAUGGUAACGAGUUCUUUGUUCUGUGCUCAUCAAAAGCCAUAGUGACUACAAA